ACCGGAAGCGCUGCUCAAACCGGAAGUGCACGUUUAUGACGCGACUCUGUUUUCCGGCAGCUUUCAGACAGCGAGUCUUUUAGCACCGGGGGCAUUUCUGUCUUUAAAGUUCACCACUGGGACUUUUGUUUCUGUUUAAAAUCCCUUUUGUCUUGCAGCAUCAUGAGCAAACGGAAGUCCAGGGAAAAGCACUUGUCUGUAGGAGAAUGUGUAUCACAGGUCCAGAGAGUACUGAGGGAGCGGUUCUGUCAUCAGCGGCUUCCGGAUAAACCUGUGGGCUUGGAAUCGCAGUAUAAGCACCUGUUGGAGCUGUUGAGGAGGACAGCGGUUCACGGCGAGAGUAACUCUGUGCUUAUCAUCGGUCCACGCGGAUCUGGUAAAACCAUGCUGCUACGCUGUGCUCUCAGAGAGCUUCUGGAGUCUCAGGAAGUGAAGACGAACGUACUGCAGGUUCAGCUGAGCGGUCUGCUGCAGACGGAUGACCGGAUCGCUCUGAGAGAAAUCACACGCCAGCUUCAACUGGAGAAUGUCGUAGGAGACAAAGUGUUUGGCAGCUUCGCAGAGAAUCUGGUCUUUCUCCUGGAUGCUCUGAAAAAGGGCGAUAAAAACAGCAGUCGGCCGGUGUUCUUCAUUCUGGAAGAGUUUGAUCUGUUUGCACAUCAUAAGAACCAGACGCUCCUGUACAACCUGCUCGAUGUCUCUCAAUCUGCUCAGGCUCCUGUAGCUGUGGUGGGACUUACCUGCAGACUGGAUGUUCUUGAGCUCUUGGAAAAACGUGUGAAGUCUCGGUUUUCCCACAGACAGAUUCACCUGUUGAGUUCCCUGAGUUUCCGUCAGUAUCGUGACGCGUUUCGAUCCGAGCUCACGCUGCAGGACGACUUCCCUGACAGCAAGUUCUCUCAGGAGUGGAACCUCGGCGUCUCGAAACUAUGUGAGGACAAGUCAGUGGAUGAGAUUUUACAGAAACAUUAUAACUCCUGUAAAGAUUUUCGCUCUCUACACUUACUGCUGCUGCUGGCAGUGAGCCGUGUUUCUGUCUCGAACCCGACCCUAAGAGCGUUGGACCUCCUGGAGGCCAGUCGAAUGAGCUCAGCUGAUGCAAAAAGCAACAUCCUGCACGGUCUGUCCAUCCUGGAGUUGUGUUUGAUCAUCUCCAUGAAGCAUUUGAACGAUAUCUAUGAAGGAGAGCCGUUUAACUUCCAAAUGGUUCACAACGAGUUUAAGAAAUUCCUUCAGAGGAAGUCGCACUCCAUCCAUAACUUUGAGAAGCCGGUGGUGUUUAAGGCGUUUGAGCACUUGCUGCAGCUGGAGCUGAUCCGUCCGGUGGACGGCGGAGCGUGUAAAGCACAGAGAGAGUACCAGCUUAUGCGCCUCAUGCUGGAUCACACACAGGUGAUGGAGGCUUUGCAGAAAUACCCACAAUGCCCCACCGACGUCAAACAGUGGGCCGUGUCUGCCUUCGGGUGACGCUUUUCACCUUCACGUGUAAACCUGCGUGCGUGUGUGGGUUUUUUUUUGUUUUUUUGUAUUUUUGUACAUCUCAGCAAACCAACAUAAAGACUUCAGGCACCUGCUGCCUGUGACAGUGAGCUCACUGAGACUCUGUUAAUCAGGUGUUUAAAAAAAGCCUUAAAGUGUGAACACCUCAGCAGUGAGCUGCUGGCGUGUCUCACAUUCCGUGUGAAAACUGGAGGGAAGAAAAAAGCGAAGUGCGUCAGAGGAAGAAGUGCAAUGGCUGCUAAUAAACAUCAGCAGAUCUGCAGUAAAGAAAAAAAAAAGUAAAAAUGUUCAUGUUAAAGACAAUAAAAGAAGGGAAAAGUUUU